AUGGCUCUGUUUUAUGUUCUCCCAACAGCCAUGGAAACUACUCCUCCAACUACUCAGCCAUCAUCAUCUGGUGUUCCAUCUAUCGGUUCUUCUGCUGCUAAUAUCCACAUACCAAGCGGUGAUAUUGGCUGGAAAUUCAACCAUUUGAAAGACUUGAAUAAUGAGAGGAAGGUUACAUGUAACUUUUGUAAAGAAACGUCGACCGGAGGUAUUUCUAGGGCAAAACAGCAUCAGUUAGGAAUAAAGGGAAAUGUGAAAGCUUGCACUCAAACUCCGGAAGACAUUAAGUUGAUUUUGCAAGAGCAUGAAGAUAAAAAAUUGGCUGCAAAGAAAUCAAUGUCAGGUGACGUCCACGAAGAUGAUGAUGAGGCAUCGCACUUGCUAGAGAUAUCUAGGGUUCGAGCGGGAAAAAGGCCAACUGAAGAGGGAAGUAUGUCGGCUGCCAAGAAGAAUGUAAAAGGCCCCUUGGAUGUGAUUUACUAUCGAAAACCCGAGGAAACUUUGAAAAAAGGAAAGCAAACAAGCUUGAAUGAUGCAUGUGAUAAGAAAGCAAGAUCGAGUUGUUGCAAAUACAUAGCGCGUUUCUUUUAUCGGAAUGGAAUUGCUUUCAAUGUUGCAAAUUCUAAAAGUUUCAAAUUGAUGGUUGAAGCAAUUGGUAUGUAUGGUGCACAUUUGAAGCCUCCAAGCUACUAUGAGUUGAGAGUUCCUAUGCUUCAAGAAGAGUUGAAAUUGACACAUGAGAUGUUGAGUAGUAAUAAGAAAGAACAAGAAAAGUAUGGUUGCUCUAUAAUGUCUGAUGGUUGGACUGAUACAAAGGGAAGAACAUUGAUCAACUUUUUGGUGAAUUCUCCGACAGGUACAAUGUUUGUUAAAAGUGUUGAUGCAUCUGCUAACAUGAAAACUGGAAAAAAGUUGUUUGAACUUUUGGAUAGCUUUGUAGAAGAGAUUGGUGAAAGUAAUGUUGUGCAACUUGUUACCGAUAAUGGAAGCAACUAUGUCUUGGCUGGUAAGCAUCUUCAAAUAUUGAGGCCAAAGAUAUUUUGGACUCCAUGUGCUGCUCAUUGUCUAGACUUGAUGCUAGAAGAUAUCGGAAAAAUUGCAAGAGUCAAGAAGGUUAUACAAAAAGGAAUGACUCUCGUGGGCUUUAUUUACAACCAUUCUUUGGUUUUAAACUUAAUGAGGGAGAAACUAGAAAGUGAAUUGGUUAGAACUGGAAUCACAAGGUUUGCCACAAACUUUCUUACUUUGCACAGAUUGCACUCUUUAAAGUCAAAAAUUAGACCCAUGUUCACUUCUGAAGAAUGGUUGAACUUGAAUGCAAGUAAGGAGGUGAAAGGAAAGAAGGCGACUGCUAUUGUUCUUCAAGUCUCAUUUUGGGAGGAUAUUGUGUUUGCUCUUAAAGCUAUGGGGCCUCUUGUAAAAGUACUUAGGCUUGUUGACAAUGAGAAGAAGCCGACAAUGGGAAGCAUCUAUCAUGCAAUGUUGGAAGCCAAGGAGUUAAUUAAAAAAAACUUCAACAAUGAGGCCAAGUCCAAAGAAGUCAUUGAUAUUGUUGAUAGAAGAUGGAGUAUUCAACUUCAUCAUCCGUUACAUGCAGCUGGGUAUUAUCUUAAUCUGAAGUACUUUUAUAGCAAUCCAAUGAUUGAGAAUGAUGAUAAGUUGUUGGAUGGCCUUUAUGCAUGCAUUAAUAAGAUUUCUGCAAGUGAUAAAGUUAUUGAUGCCAUCCAUGGAGAAUUGGCGAAAUAUAAGAUGUGUGCAGGCCACUUUGGAUUGAAUGAAGCGGUGAGGCAAAGAGCCAAUGUAGCUCCUGCUGAGUGGUGGAGGAGGUAUGGAGCAAAAACACCAAAUUUGCAACUCCUUGCUAUUAAAAUAUUGAGUCUUACUUGUAGUUCAUCGGGUUGUGAGCAGAAUUGGAGUGCUUUUGAGCAUAUUCACUCCAAGAAGAGAAAUAGACUUGAACAUCAAAUGUUGCAAGACUUGGUUUUUAUCAAGUACAAUCAAAAUUUGAAAGAGCGCUUUGAUAGCGAUGAUUUGAUUGAUCCUGUGGUUUUGGAAGAUGAUUUUGAUACUCAUAACCUAUGGUUGUUGGGAGGUGAAGAUGAGGCUCAACCCGAACCUGAUAAUGAUAUGGUGUUUGAUGGUAAGGAUUUGUCUUGGCUAGAUGUUGAAAUUGCAAGUGGUGCUGCUGAGCCUGCAAUCAACACUAGAAGCCAAGCAACAUUGCAAAAGAAUGCGGCAACUCCUCCACCACCUCAACCACCUUCUUCAUCUAGAUCUAAGCCAAAAGCAAAGGAAGUGGUAGUAGUAGAUGAUGAAUUUGGUGAUGGAGAAUAUAUUGGAGAGGAUGAAGAGUGUGAAGAGGAUGAAGAGGAUGAAGAGGAUGAAGAGGAUGCUAGUGAGGAAGGAAGUGAUGAUGAAGACUUAGAUUUUAAUGAUUCGUGA